AUGUUUUUGCAACGAGGUUCCCGCGCAGUCAGGACGCAAUGGCACGUCUCCAAGAGCAUGGCCCGCCUAGCUGCUGCAAGAGCUGCUGGCGUCUACCCCUCGAGACGGUUUCAUGACACAGCACACCUGCGGGUGGUAAAGCCUGUCUUGCUGGCAGAUAUCGGUGAAGGCAUCGUGGAGUGCGAAAUUAUCCAAUGGUUUGUCGAGCCGGGUGCCAGGGUGGAGGAGUUCUCCCCGCUGUGUGAGGUCCAGAGCGACAAGGCCUCCGUCGAGAUCACCAGUCGCUUCUCGGGUGUCGUCAAAAAGCUGCAUUACGACGCUGGCGACAUGGCCAAGGUCGGCAAGCCCUUUGUCGACAUUGACAUACAAGGCGGGGCGAAGAAGGAGGACCUGGACGCGCUGACGGCUCCCACGGAAGACAAGCCCACUCCCAGCACGUCAGAGCCCCCGGUAGAGCAUAAACAGGGAGGCCAGACACAACAAGCAAGAGAAGAAACACAAAAUCAGGCGGCAGCACCCCAGGGUUCACCAGCGGUAGAACCUCCUCGGCAGAAGGGCAAGCAUGCUGCGUUGGCGACGCCGGCCGUGCGCCACCUCUCCAAGACAUUAAACGUGGAUAUUACCGAAAUUGACGGUACAGGAAAAGACGGCAGGGUUCUAAAGGAGGAUAUACAGAACUUUGUCAAGAGUCGCGACUCCGGGGAGCCCGCUGCCACACAGAAACCAGCGGCCCCGCCUUUCGGCGCCGAACCCACUGGGUCCGCCGGGUCCGGGCCUCAGCUAGAGACCCGCGUCCCGCUCACCGUCACCCAGCAGCAAAUGUUCAAGUCAAUGACCCGCUCGCUUACCAUCCCGCACUUCCUCUAUGCUGACGAAGUCGAUUUCUCGAGUCUCGUCCAGCUGCGCACCCGCUUGAACCGCGUCCUGGCUACGGCACCGGACCUUGGCGCGGCAGUGGGUGCCGACGGUGUCGCGAAGCUCUCCUACCUACCCUUUAUCAUUAAGGCCGUCUCCAUGGCUCUCUACCAGUUCCCCAUCCUCAACGCUCGCGUCGACAUCGACUCAUCGACGCCGUCCUCCAAGCCCUCUCUCGUAAUGCGCAGUCAGCACAACAUCGGCGUGGCCAUGGACACACCCUCAGGUCUCCUGGUUCCCGUGAUCCGCAACGUUGGCUCUCUCAACAUCCUCUCCAUUGCGCGGGAACUCACGCGCCUACAAAAGGCCGCCUUCGCAGGCAAGCUCACUCCGCAAGACCUGAGCGGCGGAACAAUUACCGUGUCCAACAUUGGCAACAUUGGCGGCACUUAUCUCUCGCCGGUUAUUGUUGACAAGGAAGUUGCCAUCCUCGGCAUAGGCCGUAUGCGCGCCGUGCCAGCCUUCGAGUCCGAGGACUCAGACCGCGUGGUGAGAAAGCACAUUACCAACUUUAGCUGGAGUGCGGACCAUCGCGUAGUCGACGGUGCGACCAUGGCCCGGGCCGCCGAGGUGGUCCGGAGGGUGGUGGAAGAGCCCGACGUCAUGGUCAUGCAUCUCAGAUGA